AUGGGCUCGCCCACACCUGCGGGGGGGGCGUGGCCGGUGGGGGUCGUGACCCGGAGAAGGGGCGUGUCCAGGUGCGCUGGCCACGCCCCCACCUGCGGGCCCAUCAUGGCGGCGGCGCUGGGAGCGCUGCUGGCGCUGCUCGCCCCUUGUGUCACCCCCCUGCAGGUGACAGUCCCCGACCCCCGCACGGUGGCCCUGCUGUUCCAGCCGGUGCUGCUCCGGUGCCAGUUCCAGGUGGGGACCCCCGGGCCGCCCCCCAUCGUCACCUGGAAGUACAAGUCCUUCUGCCCCUCCCCCGCCUCCGGGGACACCUGGGGGGGCCCCGAAAGCGCCGCCGGGGGGGGGGACACGCUGGGGACCUGCCCCGACUCCGCCAGGACCGUCCGGAUCGUGGCCACCAAGCAGGGGGACGUGGUGACGCUCGGGGACUUCUACCGGGGCCGGGCCGUGACCAUCCGGGGAGGUGCAGAGCUGAGCCUGGGCCCGGCCGCGUGGGGCGACAGCGGCUUCUACAUCUGCACCGUCACCUCCACCCAGGACCUGCAGGGCAACAACGAGGCUGUGGCUGAACUGGUCGUGCUGGGGUCUCUGCCCGAGGGCACCCGACUCCUGCCCGAGGGGACCCUGCCAGACUGGCUGUUCGUGGCCCUGGUGGCCCUGGGAGGUGUCCUGGUGGCCCUGGGGGUGGGGCUGUGCUGGUGCCAGUGCUGUCCCCACACCUGCUGCUGUUACCUGCGCUGCCCCUGCUGCCCCCAGACCUGCUGCUGCCCCGAGGCCCUGUACCUGGCAGGGAAAGCGGCAACGUCGGGGGGCACCUUCAGCCCUGCCCCCCCCACGCUGGCCCUGCAGCUCCUCGGGAGCAGCCAGAGCUCUCAGGUGCCGCUGCUGAGGGACAGUGAUGGGAGCGUCGUGUCAGGCCCCUCAGUGCCUCCCCCCACCGUCCUGCGCUACCUGGAGCAGAAUUUGGCCACCUGGGACCCCGCGGGGCAACCCCCCCACUGGAGAGCAGGACCCCCCUCGGGACCUGCCCCCAGUGACAUCAGCUCCUUGCACGAGGCCUCCUGGACCCCCGGCGCCCCGGAGCCCCCGGAGCCCCUCAACCCCGCCCCGACGACCCCGGAGCCCCCAAGGGGCCCCUGA